GUCGAAAUAAAAGCCCAUCCAUAAGUCACAAGAAGAACAUUUAGUUUCGAAAGCGAGUCAAGUCGAUUAUUGUCUAAGAAACUCUAUCCGCUCGACAAUUAUUUUAUCCAAAAUGAAACUUCUCUGCGUUUUAUUCACAUUUGUCCUUGUAAGUGUAUCGGCAAAUGAUGAUGCGACAUAUAAAAAGAUUGUUUUUCUUACAAAUGCAGCCAUCGAGCAAGCAUUUAAUAAGAAUGAUUUAGUUGUAGGAAAUAAUAAUAGAGCAAAUGGAUUGGAGCAUAUAAUUGAAAAAAUAGUUAAUGAUGACCGUUCUUACAGGAGUUUCGCCCAAAUCAAUUUCAUGAUCGCAUCACCGGACAAAUUGGACCUUACCAACCUUAUAUCGGCAUUUGCUCGCUUUAUUCCACCGACCGUUUCUGCUAUACGAUACCAGUUGAGUAUGCGAAAAGAAAUAAAGGAGACAUUGGACAUUGAUAUUUCUGAUGAUCUAUAUCGCGAAGAUCCUGAAGGAUUAAAUUUGACAACCCUUGCAGAACAGAGAAGACGUAGUGUAAAAAAAGCUUUGAAAAAUAUAUUCAGAAGUAAAUUCGGACCCAAGUAUAACCGGUUUAUGACGGAACUAAAACUAGUAGAAAGAAAUACAUUAUGUAAGUGUAAAAUUAGAUACAAUUAUGAAAACUAUGAAGAAUCGAUUUAAAGUUUCAAGUCAAAAAGAUAUACACGAGUAGGAG